CCAAAUACCCUUGCGGAUAUGUGGAUAAGGCCCUGCUUUCGACCGUUUGUUGCCGGAGGAACUAUAAAUAGAGUAGUCCAAUUGGAUACGGGUUUGGCGGGAGUUAAGCUGAGUUCCCUGGGCAGCUACAUGAUAAAGUUAUCCCAUUCCGGACGGAUAGACGGACACAUCGAACCGGCUGUUGAUGCUGAUCGAGAAUAUAUAGACUAUGGAGCCUCUCCUGUGGGUUAACCCUUUCACGACAAAAUUGUUAUAUUCUCAACAAGAUCGAUAUCCCAUUCCGGGCGGACAGACGAGGACCGACCCGCUUGUCUUGCUGAUUGAGCAUAUAAAGACUCUAGGGACUUCUCCCAUGCGUUACAUAUAUCACGACAAAGUUGUUAUACCCUCUACGAGAGUAUUUGAAACUACACUCGUUUGGUUCAUUGCGACGCCGACGUCAUGCCCAGCACGCCCACCCGCUGCGACCGCCUCUUGGCGACCCUGUCCCUGUGCCCUGCAUCCAAAAGCACGGGAGGCGGCAACCGAAAUGAGGGGCGUAGUGCACAUGCUGCGGCCACGCAUAGCUUAAUCAAUGAAAAAGCAGCGCCAGCAAGUCGGGAGCGGGAGUCGGGAGGAUGACAAACAGAGAGCAGGAGCUGCUCGUGCAAAACGUGAAUGCGGUUUUAUUGAUUUUGUAAUAAAAAUGCGCGCGCAUCGCUCUGAUUUCUGCCAGACAGCCGAGAGCAGAGCUGGGUAGCUGGUUAGCUGGCGACAUGUUGUCGGCGGUCAGGAGAUGGAGAUGGAGAGAUGGUGACGAGCGUCAAGUACACGAGUGCAACCAAUAGAGCUGGCAGAGACAAAAGCAAAUGCCGUGGCCAAUUCAGUGCGAAAAUUGUGCAAAGCCAGGCAGCAGGGCCUGUGUGAAAAGGCAGCCCAAGUUCCAAGCAAAUGCCAGCUGGCAACUAAAUAGAAAAUAGCAAAAAAUAUUUAAUAAUAAUAAUUCAAACUAGCUGCUAGAUUGUUGUUAAUUACACAAAUUAAGUGCACGGAGCUGGCGACGGACAAGCUCCGGCCAACUUUUUAGUCUAAACUAGAAAAUUAGAAACUUACAAAAAAAAAAAAACACAAAAAUCAAUAAGUCAAGUUGUGUGUAAAAUUGAAAGCAACGCCCCCCGCACAGCGCCACACACACACACAUUGGAAAUAGAAAAAAAGUAAUCUCGCCAAGUCAAUUCCGGAUUAUAUAACAGCACGUCAAGGCGACAGGGCGUGGGCAGCAGCAGCGGGGCGUGGGGCGUGGAAUCAAUCGAUAGAACAAACAAGAUGCGCCAAUAAAUUGGCCAAGCGCACAAAAGCCAGGCCAUAAGCUAGAGCAAGGAGCAAACUCUGUCGAGGAUUAGCCAGUAGCAGGAGUAGAGCAGCGCAAUUAUGGGCAAGAAAAAGGUGGCCACCGAGGAUCUGGUGGUGCCGCCGCAGGAUACACGCAUCUGUGGCACCAUCUGCAUAUGCCAGAUGACGCUGGUGCUCAGCUCCGUGGCGCUGGUCUAUCUCACCGUGGCCAUUUAUAUGCCAUCGACCCGGGCCUUCAAGAGCGGCAUCGAUCCGACGCCCGUCAUGUGCACCACAACGCGGGCUGUGAACAAGGACAACUGCGAGUGGGGCAGCUGCGGCGAAUGGUGCCUGAGCAAAACCUCGGGCGCCUGCAUACAGAUCUAUGUGAAUCUGCGCAGCAACGGCACAAAUCUCACCUUCCAGAACUGCACGAAUUCGGCGAACAAGACGUGCUACGGCAUCGAUCAGGAUCGCGCGGACAAGGCGCGCUGCAUCAACGACGAGUGCAAGAAUCUGACGGGCACCUUUAACUGCACGGCGGGCCAGUGCCUGAACAUAACCGACGCCUUUGAGUGCAUCUUCCACAACAGCGAUGCGCCCGUCAAGUGCUCGGGUCGGCGCGGCAAGAUCAACUGCAUGGACAUCAGCGGAUUGUUCUCGUGCAGUCGUGGCACCUGCCGCAAGAUACGCACGCCGUACAAUUGCGAUAGACGCUGCGUGGACAUUCCGACGCGGAACAAGAACGUGGUGGUGCUCAGCGGGGACAAGGUGUAUCUGUCGCAGUGCCAGAAUGCCAUCAAUGCGGAGACCUUGGAGGAGGUGUGGAACGAGUCCAAUGACAAUGUGGCCAUGACAUCGUGCUAUUAUAUCAAGAACACGUCGGAUCGCGUGGAUGCGGUCGACUGCAUCAAUGGUUCCACGCUGGAGCACAGCAUGCUCAGCGAUCUGACCAACUUUACAUAUCUCAGUCAUUUGCAUGUGUCUGUCGCGACGCAGGUGCCGGAGAUAGCACCGCCCGAUGUGGACUUGACCAUUUCGAAUGAGUCCAAGCUGAUGAUCAAUUUGGAGGGUUGCGUUAAUACGCUGCAGGACGAGUGCAAGGAAUUCUUAAAGGUUUUCGGCCGUGAUGGCAGCGAUCAUAAUGCCCGGGCACGUUUCCCCUGCUUCUAUUCGCCGUCCAAGAAGGAUAUCGUGGUGGCCCGUUUCGAUCUGGAGGUCACCUAUCGCCAGUUUGUGUUCGCCUCGGUUGUGCCCUCGGUGCUGUUUGUCGUCUCCUGUUCGGUGCUAAUAAUGUGCCAGACCACCGUCUAUGUGGGCGACGAUGCCAAGAUGCGUUUCAAGGGCUGCGUCGACACCGCCUCCGUUUUGUCCAAGAACAAUCCCGGCGCACCGACCAGCGGCGACAUGGCUGGCGGCGGUGGCGACGAAGUCAUGGCCCUAUGAGAUCCGUCACUUCUCAGCAUUUGCCUUGCCAAACCGACAGCCUAUGGGGCAUUCCUCUGCUCCAGGAAGACAGUCCGGUGCAUCAGACGGGCGUCUUCGCUUUGCAGUAAAUGGAGUUGGGCAUUGUUAUCAAUCGCAACACUUUGUAAUCCUUCCAUCGAACUUCUAACUAGACCACACACACCUGAGCGGCUUGCAAGGACACUACCGAGCUAACAGCAAAUCACAAAGAAAACUAUAUAAAACACUACACCACAUAUGCGAGGCACGUGAAAAAUUCUCGAGUUGCGGAACAGAAUCAGAACAGACAAUAUUAGUAUAAUUUAUAUAUAUAUAUAUAUAUAUAUAUUUCGUUUUCGUAUAAGGUUAGGCCACAUACUGAGAGUAAUUCGUGGGCCGCAAGUUGAUUCGAUUAUUUAACUUUAAGUUAAUAUCCAUAUAGAGAGAAUACAAGAAAUGCACUCAAUGCACGCACACACACCACAAUCAGACAGAGACACAGCCACAUGAAGACACAACCCACAAAAGGGUUUAAGAAUCGGCCCUUAGGAGCAGGCGGAUAAUGGUCAAACGGUUUGGAGGGAUGCGUGAUCAAAACUAAGAAGAUUUAAACAAAACCAAAGACAACUAGAAAAAAAAAAAAAGAAAACAAAGAAAAGUUAAACUAACAAACAAAAUUUAGCUAAAAUUAAUGCAAAAUCCAAUUGCAAUUUUAAAAACCAAAAACAAAGACUUAGACUAAAGACAAAAAACAGAUUUCCAUUUCGACAA